UUGCUUGUCCUUGUUUGCGUUUAACUGCUGGUCAGGGACGACGCAUACUCGCUUGAAUUGAAUUGCAUUCUGACCUGCUUGAUUUUGAGUUGUAUAAUCACAGAAACCCAAUUCUGGUCUCAUAUCAAUAGAGACAAACGCUAGUUGGCGCAAACUACUUAACGAAUUUCAUUUGCAAUAGCGGUCUUGAAUUUAUUGUGUUUGAAGUGAGUCGACCUUGGGUGACCCUGAGCUAAUCUUAUCUCAUCUGACUGUAAAUCACAUUAAACUGCCACCAAGGUUCACUUAAAUGAAAUAAGCGUGAAAUGAGUCCAUCCAGCUCCAACGCUUCCGCAGUGGAGAAGACCUUCGGGUCGUUUCUCGAGUAUGUCUCGUGGGAAAAGGAACUCUUCUACAGCAACACUUUCCCUCUAAGUGAGAAGUACCCGAUGAUAGGGGUUGAUUCAAUCAUAGCGGCUGAAGUGAUCUAUGCUAUCUUGCUGUGGUGGGGAUUGUCGAGGAUGAGGGCAGACAAGAAGCCCCUCAUCACUGACGGAAGAAUGGCUUUGAGAGUCUAUAAUGCAAGCCAAGUGGUCCUGUCAUUCUACAUCUCAUACUUAGCUACUGGAACUUAUUUCAAGAAACUUCUCAAAUCUGGAAUCGUGUGUCAGCCGAUGAAGGUACAAAUUGAGCAGGAUCCUGACUCGUACGAGUGGGAGACGUACACGUGCUGGCUGUUCUACAUGAGCAAGUGGCUCGACUACAUGGACACCUUCUUCAUCAUAGCGAGGUCCAAGUGGAGGCAGCUCUCCUUCCUCCACUGCUUCCACCAUUCCAGCAUGAUUGCACUCACCUGGAUCGCCACCAGAUACCACCCUUGCGGCUACUUUUUGAUUGCGGCACAGUUGAAUGCACCUGUGCAUACAGUCAUGUACUUCUACUACCUGUGCUCGUCUUUCCCUUCCUUGGUACCCUUCCUGUGGUGGAAGAACUACAUCACGACCAUUCAACUCAUUCAGUUCGUUACUGGAGUUAUAAUUAGCAUCUACUGCUUCUGUAGACAGGCCAUGGUAGGCUACUCGAUGGGACUGAGUUUCUUCUUCGUGUUCACCUUCAUCCUCUAUGGAAUCGCCCUGUUCGCUCUCUUCAGAGCCUUCUACAAGCAGACAUACCACGCCGCCAAGAAGGCAAAGGCAGCCGCCGCCGCAGCUGCUGCUGCAGCAGCAGCAUCAUCAGGCAUCGCAACAUCGGCAGGCACGAAUACGGAUUCGACCUCUAAGAAGGACAAGUGAUUCAUAAACUUCAGUAGGAUGAAAUAGGAAAUAAAAAGAGGAGGCAUUGGAUUUGAUUGGGUGCAGUUACUUUUCUGCAAUAGGAACCAAGUGUCUGUGAAACUGAAACUAAGCAGUAGCUAUCUAUUAAUGUUAAACUAAAUAACUCGAUCUGUUCCAUGUGGCGAGAUGUUUAUUUAUGUUCAUUUGUACUAACUUAACUUGUUAUUGGGUUGAUAACUCAAUUUAAAACUGAUACUGACUUGUUUGUGCUCAGCUAAAGAAGCCAUAGCUAUUGGAUAUUAUCCUUUGUUCCAUCUACAACUCUCAGGUACAAGAGCAAAGCUCUGUAAAAUAUAUACACGAUAAAUUCAGCCAUGACAUGUUGGACUAAGAUGCAUACAUUUUCGAUGCUAAUUUUUUGCCCUUUCACACCUCGCAAUUUAGAAUAUUGACAAUGUUGAUAUUAACAAGGUAUUUGAUUUAAAAUAUGAAAGCAUCUUAUUUCUGUGAGCAGUAAUCCCUGAAUUCAUAUUCAUAUUAAAUAUUGUUAAUUAAUUUAUUCUGACUUGAAGCUGUUGAAAACAAUUAAAUUUAAGAGUUCCGUUACGUGUACAAGCGAGUCGUGCACAUGAAUAUGGCCCAGUAAAAAUCUGGCGCUAAAAAUGACGAUCUGAUUCACAGUGUUUUUUCAGUGCUCAUUAACGAAGUUAUUUUUAUGUUAUUCAGGUCGUGCAGUUUUGUUUUUAGAUUCCGGACGAACAAACUACCUAAUUACCAAAUUCUCGUAAGUCUAAUGUGAAGCUAAAUAAUCUG